AUGGCAUACUCACGAAUCGGAGUGGUGACUGGCGCCAACAAAGGCAUCGGAUAUGCAAUUGUCCGACAGCUCGCGCUGCAGUACCCCAAAUCCCCCUUGAACAACGGUCCGUUACUCAUCUACCUGACGGCCAGAGACAAAUCUCGCGGCGAGCAGGCUGUUAGCAACAUCCAAGGCGAUGCGGAUCUUAAGCAGACCAAGGCCCUGUCGGCGCACGGCGGUGCUACCGCCAUCAAAUUCCACCAGCUUGACAUCUCCGACUGCGGCAGCAUCUCAAAACUUGCCUCGUUCUUGAAGAAGGAGCACCCUGACGGCAUCGACUUUGUCAUCAACAAUGCCGGUAUUGCGAUGCAAGGAUUUGACUCAAACGUCGUAAAGAAUACGCUGGCGUGCAACUACUACGGUACCCUAGAGGCGACCAGGGCUUGGAUUCCCAUCCUCAAGCCCGACGGCCGCAUAGUCAAUGUGGCCUCGAUAUCGGGCUCGCUGAGCAAGUACUCGCCCGAGAUCAGGCAGCGCUUCUACAACACGCAGUCGGUUUCCGACGUCACCAAGCUCAUGGAGGAGUUCACCGCCGCGGUGGAGAAGGGGACGCACGAGAAGGACGGGUGGCUGAGCGCGGCGUACGCGGUCUCCAAGGCUGGCGAGAUCGCCAUGACGAGGGCGAUCGCCAGGGAGCUGCAAGAGAAGGGAAGUAAGUUGAUGGUCAACUCAUGCCACCCAGGAUAUGUCGUCACAGACAUGACGAAGGGAGGAGGUACGAAGACCCCAGACCAAGGUGCUCAGACUCCCGUUCAUUUAGCGAUUGCGGAUAUUGGCGGGACAACGGGUGAGUACUGGUCCGAUGAAAAGAUUGCAAAAUGGUAA